UAUCAACAUGGAUAACAAAAAUGAAAAUAAUAGAGGAGGUGGCAGCCUAUGCAAUCCGGAAACAAGAUUCCAAGACCAAGGGAAGGACAAAGACCAAAACAAUGAUGAGCUGCAGCAGGAGCUGAUCCCCAAGAGGGAGACAUGUUCUCAGUUCCCUAUAUAUCCAUCCCUUGCGCUGUUUACCUAUUUGUCUACUGUCAGCACCGUUCAUGUUCUUAUCAUUUUACAGCAACUCAGCAAACUAGCAAAAAGAAAGGAAUUCAAGGUUGGCUAAGCGGGUCCAGUCGAUCUCUGCGAUCCUCAGAAGCUUCUACGGAAAUAGUACACCCUGACGAGUGCUCCUCAUACGGUGAUAAUUAUAGUGUCAGUGCUCCUAGCGCGUCGACGAGAAGCUCUGCAAUAGUCGCCGCAGACGAGA